CCCCCCGCCAAACUGUACGGACUCCCGGUGUAUCGGAACUCUAACUCUCCGGUAAGCCAUGUCGCAGUCUCUUCAGUUCUUCACUCACUCACGCACUCCGGGCCUUACCCAUCUCCAGCAACCACGAACUCAACUCCGCCUGUUCUCCUCCUCCUUCCGCCGAUUUCCGGCCUCCGCCCCCAAAUACGCCGCCAUUAGAGCCUCCUCGUCGCAUUCUCCGGAUCUCGAAUCGUCGUCGCGGAUGCUUCUCUCCGUAAACGGAAAAGGCUCGGUGAAGACGGAGGGGAAAUCGUCCGCGGUUGUUCCGGCGGCGGAUACGGCGGGGAUUGAAGUGGAUGCGGUAACCGAGGCGGAGCUUAAGGAGAAUGGGUUCCGAAGCACGAGAAGGACGAAGCUGAUCUGCACGAUCGGACCGGCGACUUGUGGGUUCGAGCAGCUGGAGGCGCUCGCCGUCGGCGGCAUGAACGUGGCCCGCAUCAACAUGUGCCAUGGCACGCGCGAUUGGCACCGCGAUGUCAUCCGCAAUGUCCGAAGGCUUAACGAAGAGAAAGGGUUUGCAGUGGCAAUCAUGAUGGACACUGAGGGCAGCGAGAUUCACAUGGGCGAUCUCGGUGGCGCGGCUUCGGCUAAAGCAGAGGAUGGUGAGAUUUGGACAUUUACUGUCAGAGCGUCUGAUUCUUCUCGGCCGGAACGCACCAUCAGUGUGAACUAUGAUGGUUUCGCAGAAGAUGUAAAAGUAGGGGAUGAACUUCUGGUGGAUGGUGGAAUGGUGAGGUUUGAAGUGGUAGAGAAAAUCGGUCCUGAUGUCAAGUGCCUCUGCACUGAUCCCGGGUUGUUGCUUCCUCGGGCUAACUUAACCUUUUGGAGAGACGGGAGUCUUGUACGAGAACGUAAUGCCAUGCUUCCAACGAUUUCUUCCAAGGACUGGCUGGACAUUGAUUUCGGAAUUUCAGAAGGUGUGGAUUUCAUUGCAGUAUCUUUUGUCAAGUCUGCUGAAGUAAUUAACCAUCUGAAAAGCUACCUCACUGCUCGGUCCCGUGGAGGAGACAUUGGAGUUAUUGCAAAGAUUGAGAGUAUCGAUUCACUGGCGAAUUUGGAAGAAAUCAUUCGAGCAUCGGAUGGGGCCAUGGUUGCAAGAGGAGACCUUGGAGCUCAGAUUCCGCUGGAACAGGUCCCAUCGGCUCAACAGAGAAUCGUUCGGCUCUGCAGAGCGCUGAACAAGCCGGUCAUCGUUGCUUCUCAGUUGCUAGAAUCUAUGAUUGAGUACCCGACUCCCACCAGGGCGGAAGUGGCAGAUGUGUCUGAAGCGGUAAGGCAGAGAUGCGAUGCUCUGAUGCUGUCGGGCGAAUCAGCGAUGGGACAAUACCCGGAAAAGUCGCUUGCCGUUCUGAGAAGUGUCAGUUUAAGGAUAGAGGGAUGGUGGAGGGAGGAAGAGAAACGCCAUCAAGCCAUGGAGCUUCAGGCCUUGGGCUCUACCUUUUCAGACAAAAUCUCUGAAGAGAUCUGCAACUCUGCUGCCAAAAUGGCGAACAAACUAGGAGUGGACGCGAUCUUCGUGUACACAAAGACGGGACAUAUGGCGUCGCUCCUGUCCCGAUGCCGGCCGGACUGCCCGAUAUUCGCCUUCACGACCUCCACUUCUGUCCGGAGACGGCUAAACCUACAAUGGGGUCUCAUCCCUUUCCGUCUCAGCUUCUCGGACGACGUGGAAAGCAACCUCAACAAGACAUUCUCUUUGCUCAAAGCUCGAGGAAUGAUCAGACCGGGCGGUCUGGUCAUCGCUGUCUCGGACAUGUUGCAGUCCGUCCAGGUUAUGAGCGUCUCCUGAACCAGUUUGAGCAGAGACCUUUAAGUUCGAGACUUCAGUUUACCCCUUUUUUUGUAUUUUUAGUGUUAGUAUUUUUUUGUCCGUUUUUUUUCAUUCGGAUUAUGUGUUUGAUUAAUAAGUUAAAUUCCUUGAUUAACGUCCACUUGAAUAAAAUUUGACAAGGUAA